GCGUACGUGCAGCAACCGACUCCGCCCAGCGAGGCGGAGCCUAGGGAAGCCGCGGGCGGCCGGCCGCGGUCCGGGAGCUGUUGCUGCUGCUGCGGCGGCUGCACCGGCGGCACCGAGGCCGAGAUCGAGGUCGGGGUGCGCGCUUAGCAAACGUGCCCUAUCCGUGCGGCUUGGCUGCGCCCGCCCUUGCGGCCACCCGGGCGUCUAGGCGGGUCUGUGCGCCGCCCCGGCGAGGAUGCGGCUGUUCCGGUGGCUGCUGAAGCAGCCGGUGCCCAAGCAGAUCGAGCGCUACUCGCGCUUCUCGCCGUCGCCGCUCUCCAUCAAACAGUUCCUGGACUUCGGGAGAGAUAAUGCAUGUGAGAAAACUUCAUAUAUGUUUCUACGAAAGGAACUUCCUGUGCGGCUGGCUAACACAAUGAGAGAAGUUAAUCUUCUGCCGGAUAAUUUACUUAACCGCCCUUCAGUGGGAUUGGUUCAGAGUUGGUAUAUGCAGAGUUUUCUUGAACUUUUAGAAUAUGAAAAUAAGAGCCCUGAGGAUCCACAGGUCUUGGAUAACUUUCUACAAGUUCUGAUUAAAGUCAGAAAUAGACACAAUGAUGUGGUUCCUACAAUGGCGCAAGGAGUGAUUGAAUACAAGGAGAAGUUUGGGUUUGAUCCUUUCAUUAGCACUAACAUCCAAUAUUUUCUGGAUCGGUUUUAUACCAACCGCAUCUCGUUCCGCAUGCUUAUUAAUCAGCACACACUUCUGUUUGGGGGUGACACUAAUCCUGUUCAUCCUAAACACAUAGGAAGUAUCGAUCCCACCUGUAAUGUGGCGGAUGUGGUGAAAGAUGCAUAUGAAACAGCCAAGAUGCUGUGUGAACAGUAUUACCUGGUAGCUCCAGAGCUGGAAGUUGAAGAAUUCAAUGCCAAAGCGCCAGACAAACCUAUUCAGGUGGUUUAUGUGCCCUCACAUCUGUUUCAUAUGCUAUUUGAGUUGUUCAAGAACUCAAUGAGAGCGACAGUCGAACUCUAUGAAGACAGAAAAGAGGGCUACCCCGCUGUUAAAACCCUCGUUACUUUGGGUAAAGAAGACUUAUCCAUUAAGAUCAGUGACCUAGGCGGUGGUGUCCCACUUCGAAAAAUAGAUCGUCUUUUUAACUACAUGUAUUCGACUGCUCCUAGACCCAGCCUGGAGCCUACCAGAGCUGCCCCUUUGGCUGGAUUUGGUUAUGGUUUGCCAAUUUCCCGUCUGUAUGCUAGAUAUUUUCAAGGAGAUCUGAAACUGUAUUCCAUGGAAGGAGUGGGUACUGAUGCUGUCAUUUAUUUGAAGGCUCUUUCAAGUGAGUCAUUUGAGAGACUUCCAGUUUUUAAUAAGUCCGCAUGGCGCCAUUACAAGACCACGCCUGAAGCCGACGAUUGGAGCAAUCCCAGCAGUGAACCCAGGGAUGCUUCAAAAUACAAAGCGAAACAGGACAAGAUCAAGACUAAUAGAACUUUCUAGAGGACUGAAUGCUCUGGUCCUCUCUGUGAAGAAAGAUUGCCUUCUGCAAGUCAACCAGAGAGAACUGCUUUCUCCCACCUGCUCUGAGCGUGGCAUCAUAGUUAUUCCUAGUGCUUGAAUGUGUAUUUUCUCUGUACCACCUGGACUUUCCCAAGGAGCUUUUCCUGUAGCUACUCAGAUCUUCCACUAAAGUAGUAACUUAUGACAUCUUGUUGUGGUGUGAUUGAUGCCUGUCACCGAAGAGCACUGAGCCUCCUUACAGCUCUUGUGCCCUCGUACUCUCCAUCUUGUUUUCAUAGCAUCUGAUGUCUUCAGUCCUUCCAGGAUUCUGUGCGCCUUUCCCAUUCCAGAUACAGCAGAGCGUACUGUUGCUCCUUGUGACCAAAUAUCAUAUUUGUCCCAAACCUCCACCUAGGGCCCUGGGACCCUGGAAGCGGAAGACAUCAGCUGGCCACGCCCUGAUGAUUUAGUCCCAGAGCCCUCCGUCUGUCCCAUGCCUCCCUCCGCCACUCUAUGAUUUAGGCUUUUGCCUUCUUCCAUCUGAUCGGAUUCUCAUUGUGAGGUUGUGGCGAUUUUCAUGUUAGAUCUUCUUCACUGAUGCCUUCAUUUUGUUUUAAAAUUCAUUUGUAUAUUUCUGUUGAUUAAAGCAUUCCAAAUGUUAUCUUAGAA